AUGUCCUCUGCAGCCGUAGACUACUCCGUCUACCUCGUCACAGACUCGACCCCCGCCCUUCUUGGCGACAGAGACCUCCCCAGCCUGGUGGAGGACUCCCUCCGUGGCGGCGUCACCCUCGUGCAGUACCGCGACAAGACCGCCUCCAGCCAGGAGGUCGUCGCCAUGGCCAAGAAGCUGCACCGAGUGACCAGCAAGUACGGCGUUCCGCUCCUGAUCAAUGACCGAGUUGACGUAGCAGUUGCCGUUGGCUGCGAAGGCGUGCACAUUGGUCAGGACGACAUGGAAUUCCAGCAAGCAAAAGCGCUUCUAGGACCGGGCAAGAUCAUCGGGGUGACGGCGAGUUCCAAGCAGGAAGCUCUCGCCGCGUGCGAAAACGGCGCAGAUUACCUCGGCAUCGGAACCGUCUACUCGACUGCGACGAAAAAAGAUACCAAGUCCAUCAUCGGCCCUUCAGGCGUCCGCGAGAUCCUCUCGGCCCUCCACGACGCCGGCUAUUCCUCCACGCCAACCGUCUGCAUAGGCGGCGUCAACGCAUCCAAUGCAUCCACUGUCCUGUCGCUGAGCUCUUCGCCGCAAAAGGCGCUCGACGGCAUCGCUGUCGCGAGCGCCAUCAUUGCCGCCGACCGUCCCGCUGCCGCGUCGCGAGAUCUGCUGGGCGAGGUGAUCAAGUCCAAGAUUCCUGGCGUCCUCGCUGCUGCGGCCCGGAAGACGCCUCUGUCGCAUAACAUGACCAAUCUGGUUGUUCAAAACUUCGCGGCCAAUGUAGCGCUCUCGGUUGGUGGCAGUCCCAUCAUGUCGAAUUACGCUGCUGAAGCUGCCGACCUGGCCAAGUUGGGCGGUGCUCUGGUGCUUAACAUGGGAACAGUCACUCCAGACGGAAUCAGAAACCACGUGCAGGCUCUAAAGGCCUACAACGAUGCUCAAAGACCCGUUGUCUUUGACCCUGUUGGUGCCGGAGCCACGUCAGUCCGCCGCGAAGCUGCCCAAACCCUCCUAUCGUCUGGAACAUUCACCAUCAUCAAGGGCAAUCAAUCCGAGAUCCAGACCAUCCACGGCGCAGCCGUAACCCAGCGAGGCGUCGACUCCUCCUCCUCGUCGCUCACCAUCCCCCAACGCGCCAACCUCGUCCGUUGCCUUGCCCGUCAACGAAGCUGCGUCGUUGUGAUGACCGGCCCCACGGACCUGAUCAGCGACGGCAGGCGCACUGUUCGCGUCGACAAUGGGCACGAGCUUCUCGGAGCCGUCACAGGCACCGGGUGCGCGCUUGGCACCACGCUCAGCGUCAUGGCUGCGGCCCAUGACUCGGACCCUUUUACGGCUGCCGUUGCGGGUGCCGUCAUGUUCAGCGUGGCUGCCGAGGUGGCUGCCGAGAGGCGCGAUGUGAGAGGCCCGGGUUCCUUUGUGCCGGCCUUCUUGGACGAGCUGCAUGGCAUACGUACGGCCGCGGCUGAGGGGAACCUGGCAUGGCUGGCUCGGGCAAAGAUGUCUGCUGUUGAAGUUGAAGCCGUCGCGGAUGAUGCUGAACUCAAUUCAAUGUCCAAGGCUAAGGGGGUGAAGGAAAACUAG